AUGGCAUACACUUCAUACUUUGAAGCACUGGAAGAAUGUCAGCUAAGUUCUUUGGAGUAUCGCAGGCUCUAUAAUGAUUUGGUCUACACGUAUAAAAUUAUUGUUUCCAAAGAAAUUAUCAUGGAGGUUCCAAUUUUCGAAAUAUUUAAUCAUGCUGGAUCAUUGCGACGUCACAAAUACUAUCUCAAAUCACUUAUCAAAAAUCAACAAAAAUAUCUUCUCAAUUUCUCUCUAAUAGAUUUCACCAACUGUAUCUCAUGUUCCAAAGAAGUCGAGGAAAUUAAUCAACAGAGGAAUUUCGCAUGUUCACCGAAUUGA